AUGCACGCAUUUGGGCGUGCAAAGAUACGUGUGACGAGACGAACUCUUUGCACAUGCCACGGGCGAUGUUUGUUUCCUUGGACAGCACCCCCCGCGUCACUCGCCGGCUCAAGAAAACAGAUCUUUGACUCGAGCAGCUUUGGUGGGCAAACGACCACGUACGUAUUCCACUCGGGUGCGUAUGGUAUACCCAAAUCACGGCCACGAGUGCACGGUGAACAGACCUCGUCUCACGGAUUCUUGGGUCCGCUGGCGGACUUUUUCCUGGGCGGACAGAAAGACGGCCAACCUCAUCCUUCGCUUGACCAAGUAUCUGUAUUGCCAUCAUCAUUGGCUUCUUUGCAUGGCUGUGGGCUGCAAUCAGCGAUACGAAGUGAUGGAAGGAUCGUAAAAACACGCCUGCAAAGCCAGAAUGUCGGUCAGGAUGCCUACUUCUUGAAAAAUGAUGCUAUGGGGGUCGCUGAUGGUGUGGGUGGCUGGGCCGCUCAGCCACAUGCUGAUCCGUCGCUAUUUUCACGGUUGCUCAUGCAUUUUUUGUAUGCAGAAUUGCAGCAGCUGGACGAGACGUUGUGUCAGUCGCUGGACGACCCGCAAGGCACGGACGACGUUCUGAGUGAAUGGUUUAUGUGCAAUCCCGUUGACGUGCUUCAGAGGGCCUGGGAACGAUGUGUGCGUGCGUCCAAGCGAGAAGGUAUUCUUGGGAGCUCGACGGCUCUCGCGGCGAUUCUGCGCGGCGAUGAGCUGCGGAUCGCAAACAUGGGCGACUGCGUUCUUUUUUUGAUCCGAAAUGGCAAAUUGAUUUUCCGGAGUGCCGAGCAGCAACACAGUUUCAAUUAUCCGCUGCAGCUGGGUAUGAUGGACGCUACAGUCGAGAGUGUGAUGCUAUCACGGGCGCUGUGUAUGCAUCGAAGCGGCAGGAUUCCUGCUGGCGCGCACGAUAUGGAUCUGCCUGAUGUCAACGACAGUAUGAGCGAUUACAUCCACAUGUACGACCGCGUACCGUCGCACGAUGACGUGCCCUACGAUACGCCGCAGCAUGAUGCUGGUCAUUGGGAGGUCAAGGUGCUACCUGACGAUCUCGUGCUCGUAGCCAGCGACGGCUUAUUUGAUAACCUAUUUGAUGACGAGAUCAUGGACACCGUGCACGAUGUUUUCUCGCACUUCGCCAGCAGUGACCUUGAGGCCAUGCAAAUGUAUGCGCCCACCCUGAUAUCCGAACGCCUAUGCCGCUUAGCACGCAGUGUCAUGGACGACCCGCGCGUGAUGUGCAGCCCAUUUCAACAGCACGCGAAUGAGGAGGGCAUGUACUACGUCGGUGGCAAGAGCGAUGACGUCACCGUUCUGGCCGGCCUCAUUGCGGAGCAGCAACGGCCUUGUCCCUUGUAA